UAAUUUUACAUAACAGUAGUAAGUAACCUAUUACAAAAUACGUACAAUACAAAUCAGUCAGUCAGUGAGUGGACAGAGAUAAAACAAUAAUUGUCAUUUAUGUUGUGUAGUGGGUUAACUUUUCUGAAGUGAGGUAUUCAAUACAUUUCACAAAUUAUAUUUACUUAAAAUGAUCAGGAGUUGUUUAUUGUGGCAUUCUCAUCAUGGUAAACUUUCCUACCUGAACUUAGAGGUUAAACGAUGUAAGACCACACUCAGUGAUAAGGUAUUAGCUCAUAUUGCAAAUGGCCCGGGGCUGGAAAAAUUCGUAUCAGAAACAGGUACAACAGAAGAAACUGAUUGGAGUAAAUAUGAUGGGAAAUUACGCAGGGAAAAGGGUGAAGAACAGCGUUUACGUCUACCACCAUGGUUGAAGACAGAAAUACCUACAGGAUCUAAUUUUGCUCGUCUAAAGCAAGAGCUACGUUCCUUAAAUUUACACACUGUCUGCGAGGAGGCGAGAUGUCCCAACAUCGGAGAGUGCUGGGGAGGAGGUACGCACGGAACUGCCACUGCCACUAUCAUGCUGCUCGGGGAUACUUGUACAAGAGGUUGUAGAUUCUGCUCUGUCAAGACAGCACGUGCUCCUCCGCCUCCAGACCCCCAUGAGCCUCUAAAUACUGCCACAGCAAUUGCUAAGUGGGGCCUUGACUAUGUGGUCCUCACGUCUGUGGACAGAGACGACUUGCCGGAUGGAGGAUCCGCUCACUUUGCUGAAACCGUUAAAGAGAUUAAGAGGCAGAAUGCAAACAUAAUGGUGGAGUGUCUCGUGCCAGAUUUCCGUGGAGAUAUUUCAUGUGUCAACACCAUUGUGGAGUCGGGGCUGGAUGUGUUUGCCCACAAUGUGGAGACGGUAGAGAGCCUUACACCCUUUGUGAGAGAUCGCAGAGCCAAUUAUAGACAAACAAUGAGUGUGCUGAAAGCUGCAAAAGAGGUUAAUCCAGACCUUGUCACAAAGUCCUCAAUAAUGUUGGGCCUGGGUGAAACAGACGAGCAAGUCAGGCAGACUAUGGAAGAUCUGCGAUCAGCUGGUGUUGACUGUGUUACACUUGGGCAAUACAUGCAGCCUACCAAGCGUCACCUCAAGGUAGUGGAAUAUGUUACACCAGCUCGGUUCAAGCACUGGGAGACAGUAGGUGCGGAGAUGGGGUUCCUGUACACUGCCAGUGGCCCCUUGGUGCGCAGCUCAUACAAGGCUGGUGAAUUCUUCAUCUCAAGCAUACUGAAGAAACGCAAAGCUUCCAUUUAAUGUUUCUUGUUUUAUGUAGUAAAUGAUCUGGUUGUAUAUUAAUAAUAUUUUUGUUUUAUUUUCA